GCCUCUUGUAAACAAACUCGGUCGAAACUCCGGACUCCGUAAGAUGAGCAGCAUUUGUCUGAAUGAGAUAUUUGCGUGUUUUCUCCUGUCAGUGCUCUACGUAGGAAGCUUGUACGUUUGGAAUGCUACUCAGGGAAGAGACCAUCCAACCACAAUCAAAAAGCGCUGCAUCAGUGUCUUUUUUAUGACCAUUGUGUCCCCUUUUUUCAUAAUAUGGUUUGGAAACAAAAAUAUAGAAGAAAAGGUGAAAUACUUGAUACUGUGCAUGUAUUGCCAGAAAAAAUGCAGCCCUCACACCAUAGGAGUGUACCAGUUGGGGAGCUGCACAGACCAUCCAACCACAAUCAAAAAGCGCUGCAUCAGUGUCUUUUUUAUGACCAUUGUGUCCCCUUUUUUCAUAAUAUGGUUUGGAAACAAAAAUAUAGAAGAAAAGAUUCUCCAUCUAAGGUUAACUGUAGCAGUUAACCUGAACUGGAAGGGUGACUUAUUAUGGUACUUCCAACAUGGAAAGGACAAAAAGACAUUACAGACAUUCAACAUUCAUUUUACAGAGCCAUUGUACUGGUACAACACUGUACAGAAUCCAAUAUGGUGGCGCAAUCAAGUGGUGGCUCCAUUUUCUGAAGAGUUCACCUUCCGUGCCUGCAUGUUGCCAAUACUGCUGCAGUGCGUGUCUCCAGGGAAAGCCGUUUUUAUAGCUCCACUCUUCUUUGGAGUUGCUCAUCUUCAUCAUGCUGUUGAUCGCCUGCGUUUGGGAAUUGAUCUUCCAUCUGUCAUUUUACUAUCAUGUUUCCAGUUCCUGUAUACUUCAGUAUUUGGCUUUUAUUCUGCAUUUUUGUUUAUUAGAACUGGCCACUUCCUGCCCCUAUUUGCAGUCCAUGCCUUCUGCAACCAUAUGGGGCUGCCAGAAAUGAAGGAGAUGCUAAACAAACCUACCCCUGUAAGAAACAAGUUAAUGGCUUUCCAUGUCCUGGGUCUGGUUGCCUGGUAUUUCCUGCUCUAUCCCCUGACUGAACCUUCACUCUACAGCAACACUCUCUAUGUCUUAUGAAGUUAAAAGAGGCAGCUUAAGUUGAUAAUAGGAGCACUUUAGGUCUAAUGCUCAACUAGUUAGAAUGUUGUGAGAUCUUUUAGACCAUAAUGAUAGUUGUUGCUGCUGAUUUUUGGGGUUGUCAAACAAGAGCAUAAUUUCUCACUAAUCAAGAAUAGUUUAAUAUCUGUGUUGUGCUACUAAUGUUAGGACUGUAAGACAUAAUGAUCUGAAACACAGAUUGGUUAAGUAGUGCAAUUUUGAUGAUAGGAGGUGAUGGAUGAAGAUACAUCAUCUAUACUCUUAUAUGGAAAGAUCUGAAAAAAGAAAACCUUUUUUCUCUUAACCAGAUAGAUUAUGCACAUUUAAUGAUCAUUUAGAAGCAGUUGUUCACACAUUUAGGGUGAAAUAAUUGUUGUUUAUUUAUGCCUGAAGGCAUAAACAUGUAUAUUGUUUUGAUGUAAGUGUGCAUGGGUGUUUGUGUUUAUAUAUGUGUGCUUGUUUGUACUUCUGUCAUAUAUUUUACAUUAUAUUUGGUGUCCUUCUUUCACUAUUUGUAAAUUAUGAAUAAUUGCUUUCUUCUGUUAAGAAUAUUAAUUACAGAUUCUGAGCAAGCACUUGGAUGGGUCCUUGGAUCAUGAAACAUUGUGAUGACAUGCAUGAGUUUUCUCUCUGUUAGAAACUAGGUCCCAUAUAUUGGUCAAUUUUAACUUCAUUUGGUGUAUCUGUGAAUGUGGUAUUAUGUAUCAAUAUUAAUGAUUUUUCACUAGGUUUGCAUAAAAUGUAUUAACUUUUGCUCUUUCAGUUUGAAUGUGGGCAGUGUAUUAACAAAAAUGUUAUUAGAUUUAGGAUCUGAAUUUUUGCAUCUCCCUAACUUCUCGAACACUUGAUAGUGAGAUGCUUGUUCAUAAAUCACCUUCAAUUUUCCAGUACUCGUGCACACAUACAUGUACAAAUGCAUUUGCUUAUUUUGCACACAAUCACCAUGUACACAAAUUUAUUUUUUGUUCAGUAUAAAUGAGCCUUAUUUAGUAGCAGUGUCAAUUUUAAUGAAUUAACAGGAUGUCUUAUAUAAAGAACUCUAAUUAGAAUAUCUAAAAUUUGGAAUGGAUUCGUAUUUCAGAAUUAUUUCAUCUGUUAUGAAUUAAUUACUUCCUAUGCAAAGUAAUGAAUUAAACUCUUUAGUUUAUUGCAUACAUAAUCUAGAUUUAUUUGCUAAAUUUUAGAUUGUUCAUUUUGGAUUUUUUAAAAAUGAUUUGUCUAUUUUUAUUUCUUCAUCUGGAAUUAGGAUAAUUUCUCAAUCAAAAAUGUGAACUUUAUACAUUACUGAAAAAUGUCACUGUUAUAUAUAUAAGAGCUCAUAUCUAAAGUGGUUACAAUAAGCAUGGAGUUGAUAAACUUUACUAUGCUUACAGUGGAGAAAAGUUGCAUGAGUAAAUUAUGGAUUCUGUUUUAAUCUGGUGAACAAAUGUCUGAGAAUCAUGAUAAUGAUGGAGUCAUUGGCUUAGAAUACCUUACAUCUUGGUAUUGUUAUGGUUGGAAUAUUUUUAAAAGAUGAUUUAGAUAUGAGGAUAAGUACAGGGAAUUCUUGGAAAUGUUUCAGAAGAACAAAAAUUUCAGGAUGACAGUAGUACUUAAGAGUUCAGGGUAAUGCUGUAUAUUUCUUGAGGCAGGGUAGGUGGAACUAUUGCCAUUAAAUAGCUUAAAAGAAAGGACAAAAGUGACAGAUGAAAUUGUUGUUUGAUAAGAAACAUACGGUUUAUGUUCUUGCUUCCAGUGUUCCAGUGUGUUUACUUUUGUGCCAAAGCCACAGCUUUGAUUGUUUUCCUGGGGAUAACUUGAAAAGUAAAAAGCUGUAAUACUGAACAGUAAAAUGACAGUAAGUAAUAAUAAUAAUAUGACCAUUCCUAACCAAUAAACAGAGAGGAAAUCUUAAGCCUUGCAGUAUGAUUUGAAUGAAUAUGAGUUAUUUGACUGUAGAAAUUGUGAAAGAAAGUAGCCCUCACUAUUGAAGAUUAUUCAUAAUGAAAAUCUCCCUAAAUAUAUUUAUUUUUAUUUAAUAUGAUUUUAUACUGAAUAUACCUUUGUACUUCAAAAAAUAUAUUACAAUAAAUUUUAAAAUAGUGUAAUAGCAAUCAGCUAUAAAACACAUUUCUGCCUCAUAUCUGCAUCUUAAUAAUAUUUAGUUGUAGAACUCAGCUCUGCCUCUUAACUCCUUGACAGCGAAGUGUCUCUAUCUUGGAUUUUCCCUCUGUGUUAAGAUGUAAUUCAUAUGAGAUAAACAUAUGUGGACUGAAAUUUUGAAAAUAUGGCCUUAUUUAUUUUCAGAAGCAAAUCUAAGUGUAAAAAGUACAAAAUGCUGGCAAAUGGAAUCAUAGUGAUGUUUCAGGAAACUAAGGAUGGUAAUAUAAUCUUGAAGCUCAAGUAAUUAAAAUUCAAAACUGCAUCAAUACUAUAGGAACAGCUAUUUUUUAGAAUGAAGAUUUCAUAGAUGAAAAUCAGUCCUGUUUGCUCGUCUUUCUGUUGGUGCAGCCUAUAUGCAUUUUAUUUUUUUAUGUAGAAAAUAUGGCCAUAUGUUAUUUAACUUGCAUGAGCCACUUCUUUUUUGCAUGUUCAUGAUAUUUAACUUUUACCUAAAUUCUGCUUUAUACUUUUUUCUAUUUACAUUAUUGCCAUAUCUUUUACUUUUUCCAAGAAAACUGAUAUACAAUACAGGUAUUCUGUAUAAUGCCCCGAAGUUAUUUCAAGAUCUUCAGAGCUAGAAUGAAGUAAGAAUAGGUAGUAAAAUCUAUUGCUAUAACAGAUGCCAACAUAAUGUGAAGACGGUGAGAUCAUUUCUAGAAGAGCGAUAUUUUCAUUUUUUGUUUUUUUUUUUUUUUUUUUUUU